CCUUUCGGCAAAUGGUUUUGAGUUACACAACUAUAGUCUGUUGCUAUAAAUAUAAACAGACGACGAUCGUUCAUCCAUAUUCGUCUUUCGAUGUCGAUGUUUGCUCAUAUUUCUCCAUUUAAUUCUACUUUUAUUAAGCAAUUAGAAUAAAAAUGAAUCGAAAUGAUUGUGGAAAAUACGUCAGUUAUUCAUAGAAAUUCAAGUCAAAUAUUACUAGAAGUUGAACUUAAACAUAAAGAAGAUAAACUUGAUCAAAAAUAUGAAGAUCGACAUAAUUCAAGAAAGCACCAAUCACCAAUCAGCACCAAUCAAAAGAAAAUUAUCACAUCAUUGUUAGCUGGUGCUGCUGCUGGAGCAGUGGCAAAAACAGUAAUUGCACCUCUGGAUCGUGCAAAAAUUAAUUUUCAGAUUCAAAAUAAACAGUUUUCAUUCAGAGAAGUUUUUAGGUUUUUGUUGCAUAGUUAUAGAAGUGCUGGACUUUUCAGUCUUUGGCGGGGAAAUUCUGCUACAAUGGCAAGAAUUAUACCUUAUGCAGCCAUUCAAUAUUCAGCACAUGAACAAAUGAAAAGAUUAUUGAGGAUUGAAACUAACAGUCAGAGGAAAACCCAACCAGCAAAAACAUUCCUUGCAGGAUCAAUAGCAGGUAUCAUUUCCAGCACCUGUACUUAUCCACUAGAUUUGGCAAGAGCAAGAAUGGCUGUAACUCAUCGGGAAAAAUAUAAUACAUUACUGCAGGUGUUUGUAAAAAUUUGUAGAGAAGAAGGCCCUAAGACUUUGUACAGAGGUUAUUCACCAACUGUUUUAGGUGUGAUUCCAUAUGCUGGUACUUGUUUUUUUACUUAUGAAACUCUAAAGAGACUUCAUAAUGAAUACACUCAGCGAGAUGCACCUAAUCCUGCAGAAAGAAUGUUGUGUGGUGCAAUUGCAGGUCUUCUUGGGCAAUCGUCAUCAUACCCAUUAGACAUAGUAAGACGAAGGAUGCAGACUGCACAACUCACAGGAAACACUUAUUACACAAUUUCAGGAACCAUGAUAUCAGUAGUCCGUGAAGAAGGACUUAUUGGUGGACUAUAUAAAGGACUGAGCAUGAAUUGGGUUAAAGGUCCAAUUGCAGUAGGAAUUAGCUUUACAACUUUUGAUCUUACACAGAGGUUUCUUCGUCAACAAUCUUUCUUUUCUCUUUAAGUAAAUCUUGCUACAAUCAAUUUAAUUUCUUCAGUUAAAAACUUCAUUAGUUUUUAAAACUUCUAUUUCAUUUAAAAAAAAUCACUUUUUUUAAAAAUAAACUGAUGCUAUUUAGUGCUUGAGGAAUAGCUACCUUGAUAAAAUCAU